AUGGACGAGGUCGAGGCCAAGCGCUCCGAGCUCCAGGCCCGCAUCACCAGCGACAAGCUCGCCAUGGCCAGCAUGGAGGUCGUGAGGAAGAUGCGCCUCGUAGAGAAGGGGGUGCAGGCUGGCGAGGAGCUGCAGGAGGCGGAGACGCAAACGGACGCUUUCGAGCUGGAGUCCUCGCCCCUGCCAGACAGCAGCCCGCGCAGCUCGUGCAGCGAGCGCAGCCCCCUCGGCAAGACAGACCCCUUCGAGCCAUCGCUCUUGCCCCCGCGAGACAGCAGCCAACGCAGUCCGCGCAGCCCGCGCAAAAGCAUGACGAAAGGCAAGGCCCCGCACUCCAGCAGCAUAGCCUUCUCCAUGGAAGCCCCAGGCGGCCCAGGGCCUCUGCCUGGCGGGCCCCUCACGGGCGGCCACCUCAGCCCGAGGGGCUCCACCACGCCGGGCGGGACACCAGCCGAGGCCCACAACGACGCCACCCAGCCCGCGGCGCCCCGUGGCCAGCCUUCCGCGGAUGGCAACCACAGCCGGCGGCGCCCCAGGACGAAGCCCGACCGCCGCCAGGGCCACGGCUCGCCCGGGCCCGGGCCGGCGUCCUCCUGGAAGGGCGGGGGCCGCACGGACGGUUUGGGCCGCCAGGGCCCCUCCUCGCCGCGGAGCGGAGGCCACAGGAACCCCCCUGCUGGGCAGGGCCCGCCGGGGCCGGGCUCCGGGCCCGACCUGCCCGGCGGCCCAGGCCUCGCGCCGUCGCCUUCCCACGACGCGCCAGCGAGCGAGCUCGUCGCCCCGCUGCUUGCGCCCGGCGGCCCAGGCCCGGGCCUGGGGCACGAGCCCGACGUGGGCCGCAGCCUGGCAGCGUCGCCCGCAGGCGACCUGCUGGUUCGCGAGCACGCCGCCCCGCUGCAGGCACACAAGCGGCCGGUGCCUGAGCCCCUUCAGGACCGCAGCCUUGCAGCGCCACCUGUCAGCGGCGCACCGGUGCGCGAAGUGGCCGCCCCGCUGCAGGCACGCCGGCGCCCAGGACCCGAGCCUGAUGCUGGCCGCAAGCUCGCAGCUUCUCCCGCCAGCGAAAGCGACGACGCGCGGAUGCGCGAGCUCAUCGCCCCGCUGAUACCAGCGGGCGUUGCUGCCAGGCUCUUCGGAGCGCUAAGCCCGACCCAUGACGGCUCGGAGGCGGCCUGGAGCAGCCCGCCGAGCCGGCCAGGCAGCGCCAGGCAAGCCUCUACGACGACGGCAUUGCCGAGCGCGACGCAUAGUUGGACAGUGUCUGCGCCAACCAGGACGGCGCCUGAGCUGGGCUCCGUGGUGCCGGGCCGAGGGCCGAGCCGGCUGCAGCGGCUGCGCGGCGGGACCCCGCAGGGGGCGCAGAGCGACGGCCGGGAGGGCAGCGACGCCCAGGAGAACAGCGACGACCAGGACGACCCUUGA